GUCAGUCGUCCCGCGCCCGUCGCCCGAGCGCCCGCGUCGCUGUGUCGUGCAAUAAAACCGGCCCGAAUGCCGGAGAACCAGUCGGCGGGAUGGCGAGUCUCGGCGUGCUAGUAGCGCCAUGUUGAAACAUACGCAGCGGCCGCCAGCGGCGAACGAUGCCGACCACCGCUACCAGAACAUGCCGCGGCGGCCGCACCACCACCUGCCCCUCAACGUGUCAACCCUGGACUCGUCCAAGCACUCCGUCGGGGGCACCUCGGCGAGCGUCAGCCCCGGCGCGCAGCCGGCCACCACCACGGCGCCGGUGUCAGUCGUCGCCCCCAUACCGGUUGCGUCUCCCCCGAAGCUCGCGAAUGGGAAUGCGACAGGCGUCCCGCCGCCCCGGCCGGCGGCCGUCAGGAACAGGAGCACGAGAGCGGCCACGGAGGAGGCCCUGACCUCCCUCGCGCUGCUGUGCCUCGUCAGCUUGCUGCUGGCUCUGCUUGCGCUGCUGUUCCUCCUGAAGAUAUCGGCGCCCGCGACCAGUGCGCCCGAGGAGUUUGCAGUGGUGUACGAAGUGACAUUAGCGUUGUGUGCGUUGACGCUAUCAUUGAAUCUUUGCUGUUUGCUCGUGUGUGCAAUACAGUUCCUCUUUGCUGUGAAAUUGGUGCAUUCCCCUUCCGCGCCUAAUGGACGAUCAAACAAGUACCUGCAGAAGUCGGCGAUCACUAGAGUAUGCGCCGUCGGAGGUUUCUUUAUAUCCAUACCGGUAUUUUUAACAGGAAUAAUACUCUACACCUUCAUCCAGUUCCACUCAACGCCAGCCAUCGUAACCUCAGUGUUCAUUGGCGUUGGCAUAAUCUUUUGCGGCUGUGCAAUGGUACACAACGUCUUCGUAUGGCAAAAAGAAAAAACGAACCUAGUUAAGGCCUUUCGAACCCAAGAACUUAAUACUACGACCACUUCGCCCAACUUAAAUACGUCCAAUGGAGUUAUUAUUGGCAAUGGGCAUUUGAAUAAUACGGGAAUGGGGAAUCUGAGCUUUCAUAGCAUGACUGCCGGCGGUGCAUAUACGCAUCCUAUCACGUUGUUGCAACAAGGAGGUCCUUAUAUUAUAAGACCUCCAACAAGUACGCCACCAGGAGAAGGUGCUGCAACGCCGGGAGUCCCAGCUGCCACCAUCGACCUGAGCCACGACACGCACGAGCUCAGCACGCUCGUAUGAGCCGCGACGUGUCUUAUGCGAAGCGCCUCAUUUUGUUCGAAGCGCCUCAGUUUGUUCGAAGCGCCGUAGAUUAUUCGAGGCGCCUUAGAUUAUUCGAAGCGCCUUACAUUAUUCGAGGCGCCUUAGAUUAUUCAAAGCGCCUUACAUUACUCGAAGAGUUUAUACGAAGCGCCUCAGUUUAUUCGAGGAGAAUUUUACGAAGUGAAUCUCUAUAUUCAAAGAGUUAAUUCAGAGCUCUUCAGUUCAUUCGAAGAGUUUAUGAGAAGCGCUUCACUUUAUUCGAAGCGCCUUACUUUAUUCGAAAACGUUUAAUGCAAGUUCAAUGUGACUGUUAUGCAAUAUGAUAUAGUUUUUUAUACCAUGUUAACUUUCAAAAGCGUUUUUUGCUAGGCAUCGGCUACCCUGAAAGAAUGUGGUUUCAUAUAAUUUUAAAGUCAAUAGUGAAGAAAUAGAUCCCUCAUCUCUUUAAACUUCAUCAAAAUAAAUAGAAAUCAAUGAUGUUCAUUGUUACAAAAUUAAUGCUUCAUCCAUAAGGGUCUGUCUGCCUAUCAAAAUAACGACUUUUCAUGUAUUGUACUUAAACUAUGCGAAUGUCGACUUAAACGACUUGCCAAUUUAGUCUGUGACUUUUUUCGAAAUUGACCUUUGAACAUACAUAUUAUGUAAGUUGAUCGUUAAUGUAUGUUUUGAGUCUUUUGAUACGAAUGUAUGAGUGUCCCAGUGGCGGGAGUGUGAUUGUGUGAGCGUCUGAGUAACGAGUAUGCAAGUUUUAUGAAUUAAUUUAUAAUUUUUUGAGCUCCGUUUUGAGAUAUUUAGAUGUUACUUCUUCCAUGUAUUUCUUACUUCUAUGUAGCCGUGAAAAAUAAUGAAAAAAUACAAUUCAUACAAGCAUAUAGCAAUACGAAAUCCCAGUCAAAGUAAAACUAAAUAUUUUUUAACAGCCAAUUUCUUCAUCAAAAGUAAAAUCCAAAGUAAAAAUCAAAGUAAUGUCUAAAGUAAAAGUAACGGUCAAAUUCGCUUUUUCUAUUCGUUUUGCUGUCACUUUAGCCUUGAAAAAACGAAUUUGACCGUUACUUUUACUUUAGACAUUACUUUGACUUUUAUGAAACUGGCCGUUAUAGUUCAAAGUUCAAAUAUUUAAUGCGAUCAUUAGUGAUACAUAGGUGUUAUAAAAGUACAUUAUUGAGUCAAAUUCCAUCUAAAUAUCUUAAAGCGAAGUAAUCACGAACUUUCAGCCUUAGCUCGAGGCCAUAAUAAGCCUUUUAAACAUUGUUCUUUUUUGUAUAUUGUGGUAAAUGUCAUGUAAAUAUUGUUUCUCUAGUUUAUGUUUUAAAAUUGCCAUGUUUUUAUUUUAAUUAGUUCUUUUUAAGAAUCUUCAAGACUCUUGCCACAAUUUUGAGUCGUUAAUCGAUCAUUCGAGUCGAUUCGUCAGUCUAUUCGAUUUAUGUAUAAUAUUAUUACUACAGAUAGUAAAUUACUCGGCCAAAUUAAAUUAGUCUUGAGGCAAUGAUAAACUGGACCAUUAUGGAAUUUUCUUUAUUAAAAAUAAGAUGUGGAUGGAUGCAAAAAAAAAAUACGAUAGUUUGAAUUGCAAGGCCACGAUAUUUUUUAUCGUUUCGUGUAAGGCCUGACAAAGGCAAUAAAUUACACUCACUGAGAUUAAAAACUUCGCCAUUUUUACAUUAUUCAAAGUGUACUUGUGUAUACUGUUUCGAAAUAAUUCUACGUGUAAAAUUUCUAGAAUAUUCGUAUUUUUGUAAUUGUUAUUUUUAUAAUUUAUUUUUCUUUUUACAUAUUUUUUGACAGGCAAUAAUUAAGAUACGUACGAUAAAUUGGACCAAGUUUAGCACUAAAUAUAUUUAUUGAGUGUGUUUGAGAAAUAAAGAUUUUAGUGUUAAAAUUAAACCCACCAAUCUGAUCAUAGAACUGAAAGUAAAAAGAAAAAAAAAACAUCCAAAAUAAUAAUAGUGUCAAAAUGUAUAUUUGUACAUAGUGUUUUUACACAGAAAUCAGGAGGCAUAAAUUUAUUUAUUAUUAUUUUCUUAAAGCUGAUAACAUUUUCUAUUUUUACUGUAGUUCAUUUUUAUGUGAGACUAAAAAAUAAAAAAAAUAUUUAAAAAAGAAAA